AUGCACAGAAACUUUCGCAAGUGGAUUUUCUACGUUUUUCUCUGCUUUGGCGUCCUCUACGUGAAGCUCGGAGCGCUGUCCUCCGUGGUGGCCCUGGGAGCCAACAUCAUCUGCAACAAGAUUCCUGGCCUGGCCCCGCGGCAGCGCGCCAUCUGCCAGAGCCGGCCAGACGCCAUCAUCGUGGUCGGGGAGGGGGCGCAGAUGGGCAUCAACGAGUGCCAGCACCAGUUCCGCUUCGCCCGCUGGAACUGCUCGGCGCUGGGCGAGAGGACCGUCUUCGGCCAGGAGCUCCGAGUAGGAAGCCGUGAGGCCGCCUUCACGUACGCCAUCACGGCGGCUGGCGUGGCCCAUGCUGUCACCGCGGCCUGCAGCCAAGGCAACCUGAGCAACUGCGGCUGCGACCGGGAGAAGCAGGGCUACUACAACCAGGCAGAGGGCUGGAAGUGGGGCGGCUGCUCCGCCGACGUGCGCUAUGGCAUCGACUUCUCCCGGCGCUUCGUGGACGCCCGUGAGAUCAAGAAGAACGCACGGCGCCUCAUGAAUCUGCACAACAACGAGGCUGGCAGGAAGGUCCUGGAGGAGCGCAUGAAGCUGGAGUGCAAGUGCCAUGGCGUGUCGGGCUCGUGCACCACCAAGACGUGCUGGACCACACUGCCUAAGUUCCGUGAGGUGGGCCACCUGCUCAAGGAGAAGUACAACGCGGCCGUGCAGGUGGAGGUGGUGCGCGCCAGCCGCCUGCGGCAGCCCACCUUCCUGCGCAUCAAGCAGCUUCGCAGCUACCAGAAGCCCAUGGAGACCGACCUGGUGUACAUCGAGAAGUCGCCCAACUACUGCGAGGAGGACGCGGCCACGGGCAGCGUGGGCACCCAGGGCCGCCUGUGCAACCGCACCUCGCCCGGAGCCGACGGCUGCGACACCAUGUGCUGCGGGCGCGGCUACAACACGCACCAGUACACCAAGGUCUGGCAGUGUAACUGCAAAUUCCACUGGUGCUGCUUCGUCAAGUGCAACACGUGCAGCGAGCGCGCCGAGGUCUUCACCUGCAAGUGAGCCCGGCCGG